UUUUAAUUUUUGGGAUGAAAUCACCCAAAAAGAGAGGUAACCCAUUGAAAGGGAAGUCCAGACUGAGCCUGAAGAAGACCACAGGUUCUCAAAGCCUGGCAUCACUUUUUAACAAGCAAUUACAGGAACCCUCAAUCAAAAAGGAAAUUAGUGCUGACUCUUCAAUAAAAUCAAAAGACGAAAAGGGGCAGAGCAGUAGUGAAGAUGAUGUUCAGAUUGUUUUUGUGGAAAUCAAGGAAAGCAAGUAUUUCAGUCCCGAAAAAACAAAUGUUUCUGAAAAUACCAGAAGUGUCACAAAAGACAAAGAACCAUCUACUAAAGCAGGCAAACUACGGCUACGAAGACAGAGAUCAUCUUUCACAUUGUCAAGAGAAACAAGCCCCAAAGAGUUGUCCAAGAGAAAGAAUGACAAUAAAGACUCAAACAAAGGUCAGUCUGAAAAAGAAACAGAUGCGGGAAGACGGACGCCUUCACAAGGCUCUCAGAAGGAAAAUGCCUCAACAACUUCCAAUACCUCGUCUGGUAUUUUUUCUAGAAAACAGUCCUUAAGAAAAAGACAUUUAAUAUCAGAAAAUGAAGAAAUACCAUCAGGAUCCAAGAUGAUUAAAGUUAAGAAAUAUGACUCAUUAUCAGACUGUGAAACAUCUUCAGCUAGCUCCGCUAAGAUUAAGCCUGGAGGAGCGAAGUCCAACGGCGUAAAAUCGCACAAACAAAGCUUACAAAAUAAAGACUCUACAAAACCAUCAAGCUCUAAGUCUGUAACAAAAGCCAGACUAGAAGAGACAGAGAAAAGGGAUUUGAAAUUUGAUUCGUUUGCAGGCCUGCCUUCCCAGUUGGUGAUAGAUGAGGCUGAUGAUUUAGACACAUGUCUUGAUGAAGACAGCAGGUCAUCAACUUGGAGAGCAGUCAGUGGAAGCUUGGAAAAUUCACAGGAUGAUUUACCCUCCUGUAAUAUUAAUAGAGAAGAUGAUGAGGAUAAUGACAAUGUUGACAAUGAAGAUUUUGAUGACAAGAGCAAGUAUAGAGACAGGACACCAUAUUACUUGGAGAAUUUUACCAUCAUUCUUAAUUCUGUUUUGGAGGAUGAGGAUAACAUUAGCUUGUUCAGUGAUGAGGAUUUGAGGAUUGUGAAUUGUUUCAAGGAGUUAUCAGAGCCAGCUCAGAAGCUUUACGUCAGAUUCUUCUCUAGGAAGCUCACCUGGCACCUCUACCACAAGAUAAAUUACCCUGAGAUUGCUGAUGAUCUUAAGCCUGUCUUGAAGGAGUUGAUUGAAUCCAAGCUGGCCAUCUCAGUGAGAGAUCUCAAUGAUUUGGAAACCGUUCUGCAGAUUCUACCGGCUGUCCCACUGAAGACUCUAUCUAAAUCGUUCAGUAUCAAGCAGACAGGCCAGACAAAACAACAGCUGGUGGAGGCCUUAAUGAAGCAGAGCAAACAGAAUACCAUUGGCAGUUUCUUCAUGAAGAAGAGUAAAGGGGGAGCAGCGGUCAUGGUGGAAAGAGCUAAGAAGUUAUUGGGAGAAAGCUUCAGACUGGUUGAAGAACCACGGGCAGUGUUUAUGCGUAUUCUCAUGCUGUUCUCCUUAUUGAGUUAUCACCCAGAUGAGGAGAGUGCCAACAGUGGACAAGGCCAGACACUCUUCCAGAUGCUGUUAGUGAACAUCGGGAAGUUGGUCUAUCCCAAAUACACCUUGUCUAAGAAGAGCCGCAUUUUCCAGAGCCGUGAAGACCUACUCAGGUUUUCCUCAGCGAUGGUGCUAGAAAAUGAACUGUUGGUUUUGGUGGAGAAGGGCAACUACCAGGGUGCCUGUGAUCUUUACCUCAAGGCUAAAGCAGACUUACAGGAGCUGGUUCAGGAUGAGGAACUUCUCAAGUGGGAUCAGGGCCUGCCCUCCUUCCUGCGUCGUUACACAGCUAGAGAAGUGUACACGAGGAUCCUCAGCCAAGGGGUGGAGAUCUUACAGAGACUGAAACAGUACCAGGCCGCUGUGGAUCAGCUGAGGCGUUUGCUGGGGCAGAAGGAUUACUGUCUGAAGCACAGGGGUCACUGGUGUGACAGACUGGCUCUAAACCUUGAUCAGCAUCUCAACCAACCUGAACAGUCUCUCGCUGUGAUUAAGGAAGGCUUGGCAGAUGAGAAAGUGCGUGUAGGACACAGGUACUCGCUGUACUGGAGAGCCAAGAAGCUCUGUACUGGCCUUAAGUCUAAACUUACGGAUCAACUGGCGGAUAUAGAGCCUGUAGAAAUCCAGGAAUAUCCAAAGGUUACAAUUGAAGGCAAAGUCAUUCCAAAAACGAUUCCAGGAGCCCGCUUCACAUUUAUGUUGGAGAGUGACAGUCAGGAGGGAAUGACUGUUUGUGGGGUGGAGGAGCUGGUACUGGAUUACUACAGACACAGAGACUUUCCUGAGGGCUUGCAUGCUGAAGGUGGUGUGGUAUCUACCUUGUUCGGGCUGUAUUUCUGGAACGUUAUAUUCAUGGAUAUACCAGAUGCUUUUCACAGUCCAUUUCAAGCUCAUCCGUUAGAUCGCCAUAGUGACCAUUUUUAUCUGGCUCGGAAGUCAGAAAUAGAUGAACGAAUAGGAGAGAUCGGAAAUAUGUCUGAGGAGGAUCUAGUUGAAGAGCUAUCGAGAGUGUGGGAGGAGCAACAUGGGGUGUUGUGCCGGGGGCUGAACUGGGAGAGGUUUACUAGCAUGCAACAUGCCCAGAGCUUGGUUCGCUGUAUAGGAGGUAAACUCCUGUCUGGCUUGUUACGACGGUAUGCCAUUGAUCCUAGAAACACCCGCAGUGGUUUUCCAGACCUCACCCUGUGGAACCCCAUCAAUAAAACCUUCAAGUUCUCUGAGGUGAAAGGCCCUGGUGAUCGUCUCUCGCCCAAUCAGAUCAUGUGGCUGGAUUACCUGACAGGGCUGGGCAUAGAGGCUGAGGUGUGUCAUGUUAAAGCCGUCACCGGGAAGAAGCUGACAAGGAAGUAA